AUGCCUAGCAAUGCACAAAGCACAGGUAACUCAGGCCGACCUGUGGCAGUCACAAAGUACGGCAUCCUCCAUGGAAAGCAGACCUGUGUUGGGGGAACAAUUGUCAAUAUUUAUCUGGGGGUCCCUUUUGCUAAGCCUCCUGUGGGCAACCUGAGAUUUGCUCCCCCAGAGCCUCCUGAGCCUUGGGACGACCUAAGAGAUGCAGCCACCUACCCGCCUGCGUGCCUACAACAGUCCUGGGGCCAGAUCACAAACCUGUACCUCACAAACCAAAAACAUUCUCCAUGGCUGCAAUUCCGGGAGGAUUGCCUGUACCUGAACAUAUACACACCAGCCCAUGCCCAGAGAGGAGGCCGGCUGCCGGUGAUGGUCUGGUUUCCUGGUGGUGCCUUUGUGGUGGGAUCAGCCUCUACCUAUGAUGGCUCCGUGCUAUCUGCCCAUGAGGACGUGGUAGUGGUUACCAUCCAGAAUCGACUUGGCAUCCUGGGCUUCCUCAGCACUGGAGAUACCUAUGCCCGAGGGAACUGGGCACUGCUGGACCAGUUAGCAGCUCUGCGAUGGGUGCAGGAAAAUAUUGCAGUUUUUGGCGGGGACCCCGGCUCUGUGACCCUGUUUGGCCAGUCUUCGGGAGCCAUAUGUGUUUCAGGACUGAUUCUGUCUCCCUUAUCCAAGGGCCUCUUCCACCGAGCCAUCUCUCAGAGUGGAACAGCCCUCAUAAAGGUCUUCAUCUCUUAUGAGCCACUGAAGAUUGCCACGAGAAUUGCUAAAGCGGCCAAUUGUGCUACCAACAGUACCCAGGCCCUGGUGCAGUGCCUCAGGUCAAAGUCAGAGAAAGAGAUCCAGAAGGUGUCUAAUGAGAUGAAAUUCUUCCAGCUGAACCCAAAAACAAACCCUUUGGAGACCAUCUGGUUUGUACCUGCUGUGGUGGACGGACUUGUUUUCACCGACAGCCCUGAAGCGCUUCUGGCUCAAGGGAACUUUCAACCGAUCCCCUACCUGCUGGGUGUGAACAGGAUAGAAUUCAACUGGCUUCUCCCUUUUAUCAUGAAAAUUCCUCUCAGCCCUCAGACACUAACUAGAUGCAGAAUCACUGAUCUGCUAUGGGACUUCUGCUUGAUCCUGAACAUCACCGAAGACCAAAUUCCUCUGGUGAUGAAAGAGUAUGUAGGAGACACUACAUUCCAACAUGGAAACUUUGGGCAACUGGUCCUGAUUCGAAACAAUAUCCUGGAGCUGGCUGGAGAUGCAACUUUUGUGACAUCAGCUAUUCAGACAGCACGUCAUCACAGAGAUGCUGGCCUUCCAGUCUACUUUUAUGAGUUCCAGCAUCAUUCCCCCUCUGGGAUCAUCAUCAAAAACCGAAGUGAUGUGGCCGACCACGGUGAUGAGAUCAACUUCGUUCUUGGGACUCUACUCACUAAAGGGUCUGCUACAGAAGAGGAGAAAAAACUCAGCAGAAACAUGAUGAAAUACUGGGCCAAUUUUGCCCGCACAGGGGACCCCAACAGCCAUGGCCUGAUGGAAUGGCCACACUAUGGGAAGGAAGAGAAGUACCUGGUGCUGGAUUUAGAACAGAGGGUGGGAACACAACUGAAGGACAAGGAGGUGGCUUUUUGGACAAGGAUCCAGAGUCAGCAUCACGUCCAAGGUCAGCAUGAAGGAGAGGCUUGAAUCUGAUGGUGCUGCUGACCCCGGCUUAAGCCUAAAGCAGCUGAAAAGCCAAGGGAAUGCUUUGAGACCUGGUCCCUAAGGCUGGGGGAUAUGGGCAAUCCAAGCAGACUUUGGGAGCAAAGGAAUUAUACACGGAAACAUUUGGGGAAACUGAGGUCCUCCUGAGGUGACUAUCCUGAUAAUUAGGGGCUCAUGAAGAAAGAGGUCAUUGGUUUCUGUCCUCAUUGGAUAUCUCAGUUUUUUCCUCUAUAAAAUGAGGGGAUGGGCUAGAUCAUCUCCACAGUCUCCUUAGACAGAGGAUAGCUCCCAAAUACUGACUGUCAUCACCAUCCCCCCAAAGCAGCAGCUGCCCUGUGCUAGACUUAGCUUUCUGCCCCCCUUUACUAUAACCUGGGGCCUUAUCCCUAGGUGGCCAACAUCUACUUUCUCCCCCCUCUCCACUGCCCCCACUACACCUCCACCAAUUUUGAGAUGUUCAAGAAACCUCAAGCCCACACACACUGUGACUCAGUAUAGCACAUGCUCCCAGGCACUGUCCACAGAGAGAAUGUCACAGCAUCCCUACCUCCAGGCACCCCCCUCAAAGAACUGCAUACAAACUUAGGAAAUGUCUUAUAUACCUUGAGAGACAGUGUCAUCCACAGGAAAGAACAUUGGAUUUGAAGGAAGAAGAACUGGGUUUAAGUGCCAUCUCUG